CCAUCUCUCGCCAUAGGUCAAAGCUGCUUUGGAAGGCAGAAGUGGAAGCUAGGGUUUAAGAAGGUCCAGGACGAAGUGGAUCACGGCGAUGGCGUCGGCGAAAAUCCUAGCGCGGGCUGGCUCCUCCCUCCUCGGCCGCCUCCUCGCCUCCCCGCCUCCGUCUCUUGUGCGGACCGGACUUCCUCCUCCGUCGCUACUCCAUAGGAUCCAGGCGCACGUCCCGCCGCCGCCGGCGUCGGUGGACGCUCACGACGCGGAAGUGGUCGCAAACCUAACUUCGCUCCCUGGGGAGAUCUCCUUCCCCUGCGGCCUCCCCUCUCUCAGGUUCCUCAUUGACGAUGGAAUUGAUCCUGUUGCUAAUGAACCCCUUGAGUUACUUCCCAAAAGGACUUACCAACCCAGCACCAUCAAGCGGAAACGAACCCAUGGAUUUCGUGCACGCAAAUCAACCACUGGUGGGCGUAAAGUGAUUGCUCGGAGAAUCGCUAAAGGAAGGCACAAAAUUUCAUGGGUUAGAGCAAAGCCAAGAGGCACCUGCCUGAAUUUCUUCACCAAACAAAACGUUUGUUCCAUUAAAAUAAACAUGACAAAGUGAUGGUCGUCGAUGAUUUUACCGCUCUUUGAGCUGUGUACUUGUACGCAUAUGCUAGUUCGACUGCGUUAUGCGUUUGCUUGUGUUGUCAAACUGUCAGAGUGCAUAUUCGAAACUAUGAUGUUGAGUUCACCUGUGA